GAGCUACUUUUUAUCAGCGACCGGCCUGAAGUGUCAGCAGUUGGCAAUAUCACGUUUGCCGAAAUGGACGGCCUUGUCGUUCUCGCGUCAUUACUGUUCGUAAUAUUUUCCCUAAUUUAUUAUCUAUCGUAUAAAAAACACAGCUACUGGAAAAAAAAGAAUGUGCCGCACGCCGACCCAUUGCCUAUCUUAGGCAACUAUGGAAACUAUAUUUUACAAAAAGAAUACCCCGGGAAAAUGAUCCAGAAAUUAUGUCAGAAGUUUAGGAAUGAGCCCUACUUCGGAGCUUACUUCGGCACGUUGCCCGUCCUCAUAGUGAAGGACCCCGAGAUCAUCAAACAUGUGUUAACAAAGGACUACUACUACAUCAGUGGCAGGGAAUCUUCCGAUUAUUACGAUCAAGAGAUGAUGACUCAAAACAUGUUCUUCGGCUCCGGUGACCGCUGGAAAGUGUUGAGACAAAAUCUAACUCCGCUCUUCUCUUCUCUAAAGAUGAAGAAUAUGUUUUAUUUGAUUGAAAAGUGCACAAUCGGUUUUGAAGAUAUGCUGAACGCCGACCUUAAAAUGUCUAAUGUCAUUGAAGUAAGGAGUACAGUCGCGAAAUAUACAAUGGACUGUAUAUGUUCCUGUGCCUUCGGAGUGGAGUCUAACACCAUGGCACAAAAAGAAAACAACCCCUUCCGAUUCAUGGCUGACGUAAUAUUCGAGUCGUCGAGAUAUCGGGGCUUCAAAAUUAUUUGUAGAGCUGCAUGGCCAUCCAUUUUCUACGGCCUCGGAUUCAAAUUGUUCCCCAAGACUAUUGACAGAUUCUUCUUCAAUUUAUUGACUGGUGUUUAUGAAAGCCGAGGGUACAAGCCAUCGCCAAGGAAUGACUUUGUCGAUCUGCUUUUGAAUUUUAAGACAGAGGAUUAUAUAACUGGGGAUUGUUUAAGUAAUACGAAGACAGGAGAGGAGAAUAGGGUGAAACUGAAAGUAAGUGAUGAGAUGCUGAUUGCGCAGAGUGUUAUGUUCUUCUCUGCUGGCUUCGAGACGUCGGCGACUACCACGAGUUUUACUCUAUAUGAGUUGGCGAAGCACCCAGAGAUACAGAAGCGAGCUGCCGAGGAGGUGGACGAGUUCAUGCGUCGUCACAACAACAAGCUGGUGUAUGAUUGUGUGACGGAGCUGCCUUACUUGGAGGCUUGUAUGUACGAGACCCUGCGGAUGUACCCAGUGAUAGGGAACUUGACGCGUGAGGUUAUGGUUGACUACGUUCUCCCUACAGGGUUGAAGUUAGACGCAGGUGUCCGCGUCCAUAUACCAGUAAUUGACAUGCACUACAACCCCGAAUACUUCCCUGAACCUUACAAGUACAAUCCAGAACGGUUCAUGCCUGGAAACAAGGAGAAUAUUAACCCUAAUACGUUCUUCGCAUUCGGAUCUGGACCCAGACUGUGUAUAGGAAUGCGGUUCGCAAAGAUGCAAGUGAUGUCAGGUCUCAUCACCUUCCUGAAGAAAUAUAAAGUGGAGCUGGCUGAGGGAAUGGCAACAGAAUUAGAGUUCGACCCUAAGACUUUCUUGACCCAACCUAUUGACAAUUGCAUCUCAUUGAAAUUGACUGAACGCGAGGGAUGGGAGCAAAGGAAUUUUUUACGAACUUAAUUUGUAUGUAGACGGUAAAAUAGACGACGACCUACCAAAUAAUAAAUUGUUGACAGCUUUAUCAGGUUUCCAAGUAGAUACGUGUUUAGUUUAGGUAACUAGUCGAUAGGCAUGCUUCUGUCAAACAAAAGCUAUGCAGCUAUUGUUUACACCCUGUGCCCAGCUUAUACUAAGCUGGUACUCGUUCCUUUAGUUUUAUUUUCUGUGUUUUUUUCCUUUAUAUCAGUUUAUCUAUACAUAUAAUAAAAUCGUAGAAAAGUGCUGUCUGUACAUUGAAAAUAAAAACAAAAAAAAUA